AUGACCGACGUGUGGGCAAUCGCGCCCGUUGCCGGGAGCAGUCGAUUGGGUGCGGCUGAGCUAGUCGUACCUAACUCAGCCAAUCCAACCAGCCCGCCAAGACCGACAACGUCCGGACCGGUCAGUACGACUAGCCCCACAAAACCCGCAACGUCCGGACCGGCCAGUACGACCGGCCCGCCUAAACCGACAACGUCCGGACCGGUCAGUACGACUAGCCCCACAAAACCGCCAAGGUCCGGACCGGUCAGUACGACCAACCCGCCAAGACAGAGAACGUCCGGGCCGCUCAGUACGACCAGCCCGCCAAAACCCGCAACGUCUGGGCCGGUCACUACGACCAGCCCGCCAAAACCCGCAACGACCGGACCGGCCAGUACAACCGGACCGGCCAGUACGACCGGCCCGCCUAAACCGACAACGUCCGGACCGGUCAGUCCGACCAAUCCGCCUAAACCGACAACACCUGGACAAGUCAAUACGACUAACUCGACUGAUUCAGCCAGUCCACCAACAGAUCCUGUGCCCACAGAGACCCCAGAUAUCUGUGAGCUCCAACCGUGUCCUGACAGGAGCGAAUGCGAGGCUCGUGCCAAUAAUACCCGUGUAUGCGUGUGUCUGGCUGGCGAUUACUACAAUGAGGAAAGCCGGCGUUGUGAGCUUGCCAAAGUUUUCCCCGGACAACUGCAGGUGCCCGGAAUACCAUUUGAAGAUGACAUGAAAAUCAAAACGUCCCUCGCAUUUCAACGCGCUGCAGAGCAAAUUUCUGAGCAGAUUGGUCCACUUUUUAAAGAAGGCUCUGGCUACUCUCGGUCUAUUGUGCUGGAACUCAAGAGCAUUGAAAAUCCCAAAGUACGAGCCAGGCCAGGCGUCAACGCUUCUGUGGAGAUGGUCUUCGAGACGUCUGCUGAAGUCAAAACCCAGCAAAUCGUCGACAUCAUAGGCGAUGCCUCAAAAUGUGACGAGUGUCUUCUGGCAAAUUCAAGCUUCGCAAAGACCGAUCUCUGUAUUAAGCAACCCUGUGAUGGGAAAACCGCAAAGUGUACAGCGGGAGACAGCGGGGAUUUUCUCUGCGACUGUUUGAAGGGUUACAUUAUGACCGACUACAGUCAGAGAAUGUGUGUUGCUUGUCCAAGUGGUCUGACACCCAACGGGACUUGGGAAUGUGUGCCCUGUCCCUUUGGUUACUCUGGUUUUGACUGCGGAGAAUCAUGGAAGCUGGCCUUGGUGAUCGUCGGCUCUGUUUUAGGGGGGCUGCUGCUCAUCACAGUCAUCAUUCUAAUUGUCAUGUCAGUCAAAUCCCCAAAGAAGACCAAGAAAAACAAAGGUUUAGACAGCAGGAAUCACGACGUGAGCCGGUUUUCUGAUAAAGAUCCCCUAGUUACCAACCUGCCGACCAAUCAGCAGGGUCCUCCGAUUAAGCCCGACCCGACCAUGGGCGUAAAACCAUUCCCCAGUGGAGGAAUGCCCAGGAUUCCGCGGGCCAUAGCCUCCAGUGCCUGGGACAACGGGACCAACCUGGAGAUGACGGCGAGCAACAGCCGCCAAAACCUGGUUGCGGGCGGGAGGAGUUCUUGGCUGAAUGACAACUCAGAAGAAAUGAAUGGAAGUCCAUACGCGCGACCUCGCAACCAGACCGGCCCGUACAGCCAAACUCGACCCCUGAACAACCCGUAUACAGAGUCCCGAGCCGUGAACAACUCUUACGCCCAGGAUCGGCCUCAGAUCAACCCGUAUGCUCGGAACCAAGGCCAGAAUAACCACAACUACUCAGAUGACGACGGAAGGCCUUUCAACUACUGAGGAAUAGUUUUGUCACCAGAAACAAAAAGUGUAAGCACAACAACUGCUCAGGGAUCUUGCACUGGCUGAAGUAUGUUAGGGUGCUCAGCACGGCACCAGGGGGAACUCCAGUCUGCCUUUUACUCUCCUGCUGCAAUUCCUUGCCACGUAAAUAUCUCACUGGGUGACUUUAAAUAGUUCAGUAGUGUUCCAGCUAAUUUGUAAUGUUCUCUGGCCACAGAAACGUCUUCCAUUUUUACGUUUAAAUUUUGUACAUUUAUGGUUGUAUUACAUUAUCCACUUGUAAGUAAAAUGUAUAAGGCUUAUUCUGUAUAAUAAUCUUUGUGUAUUGUUUGUCGUUUGUCAUUUUGGGGGUAUAUUUAAAGCUAACACCAUUUAUUGUAAGACAUUUAGAGUGAGCUGUCACUCAAAUUAAAUGGCAUUAUCUGCAUCCAUUUUGAUAUUUAAAUGCAUGUUGUAGUAGUGUGCUUUUAUUUACUGUCAGCCGUUUUGUCUCGUUUCAAAAUUUCAAGCGUUUAUUUGUGGCACACAGGCAAGAAAGUGGUUUGUUUCCACCGUUUCAGGGGAGCCCUGUCAUCUAACACCAGGUGAGGGAUAACUGUCUGCUCUCUCCCCUCAUCCUUGCUUGCCCCAUAAAGCGGU